AUGGUUGCUUCUUUCUUUUCUGUCAGAUUGUGUGCAGUAUUUGGUGGAACGUAUUGUCUAAUGACUGGAGUUCAUUCUGUAUUAUUAGAUCAACAAAAUAAAUGUCAAGCUAUUAUUACCAAUGCCGGACAAAGAAUAAAUUGCAAAUGGUUAAUUAUGGGAACUUCUUAUUCUCCUGAAAAGUAUAUUCAAAGUCCAAAUACCAAGAAAAUAUCUCGGUGUAUACUAUUAACAGAUAGAAGUUUAUUACAAACAGAUACACAGGAGGCUAGAAGAAUCUUUAAGAAGAUAUGUCCUGAUGAAAUAUUUUUACCUAAACCACCCCAUCCAGAUGAUAUUAUUUAUGUUGAUGAGUCAGAAGCUACUUCUGGUGGUGGAGAGACUUGGGAUGGACAGAAAGUAGAGGGAGAGGCCAAAGAUAAUAAGAAAUAAUCAGGAUUAAGAACAGAAGAAUGAAAGCAGUAUAAUGAGGAUAAGCAAUGAGAGCAAGGGGAGCAUCAUCAUCCUGAAGAAAUAGCAUAUUAUAUGAUGCUUAAAGGAUUUAUUACUUUUGAUAUAACUGGAUUGUUAUUUGAAAAUACAUUCAUUGAUUGGUUUUGCUGAUUUUUUUCCCUAACCUCCCUUCUAUCAAGGAGCUAAGUAACCUGCUGAAAAAGACAUAAAGUGAAUAUUAAUUUG